GGAACAUCCUAGAUGGGGAGCAUCCAACACGGCCUUGGCUAGGUGGCUUCCACCAGCCUACGAAGAUGGACUCAGCCAACCUCGAGGAUGGGAUCCCAGUGUCCGAUACAAUGGAGUCCAGCUUCCCUCGGUUCGUGAAGUGACAAGAAAAAUUAUUCACACAUCUAAUGAGGCUGUUACUGAAGACAACCUGUACUCUGAUAUUAUUGUGGUGUGGGGACAAUACAUAGACCAUGACAUUGCAUUCACACCCCAGAGCACAAGCAGAACCACGUUCCUAACUGGAAUGGAGUGCCAGAUGACAUGCGAAAAACAAAAUCCAUGUUUUCCAAUAAAGGUGACCACCAAUGAUACAUUAACUGCAGGGAUGGAUUGCCUGCCCUUCUACCGCUCAUCCCCUGCGUGCGGCACUGGUGAUCAUGGUGUUCUCUUUGGAAAUCUAUCAGCGCUAAAUCCAAGACAACAGAUCAAUGGCUUAACUUCUUUCCUUGAUGCUUCUACCGUCUAUGGCAGUACGCCUGCUGUUGAAAACAAACUGAGGAAUUUAACAAGCAAAGAAGGCCUUCUUAGAGUAAACGUUAAAUAUUAUGACAACCAUCGGGAAUACCUACCUUUUACAGACCAGAUCCCAUCACCUUGUGCACAGGACUUCAAUGCGAGUGAAGGUGAGAGGAUUGAAUGCUUUAUGGCCGGGGACAGCCGAUCCAGCGAGGUCAUAUCUCUGGCAGCUAUGCAUACUUUGUGGCUGAGAGAGCACAACCGCCUGGCCAGAGCCCUCAAAAACAUCAAUGGCCACUGGACCGCUGAGACAGUCUACCAAGAAGCACGAAAAAUUGUUGGUGCUCUGCAUCAGAUUAUUACUUUGAGAGAUUACAUUCCCAAAAUCAUUGGUCCAGAUGCUUUUAAUCUGUAUAUUGGCCUUUAUACAGGUUAUGAUCCCACAAUGAAUCCUACGGUUUCUAAUGUAUUUUCAACAGCUGCUUUUCGUUUUGGUCAUGCAACAAUCCAACCAAUAGUAAGGCGACUGAAUGCACAGUAUUCAGAUGACCCAGAACUCCCAAAUCUUCAUUUGCAUGAAGUUUUCUUUAGUCCCUGGAGGCUCAUUAAAGAAGGAGGCUUGGAUCCUUUACUAAGGGGUCUUCUAGCACAUUCAGCAAAACUGCAGGUGCAAGAUCAACUACUGAAUGAGGAAUUAACAGAAAAACUGUUUGUGUUGUCCAAUAAUGGUUCACUUGAUUUAGCAUCGUUAAAUUUACAGCGUGGCCGUGAUCACGGACUCCCAGGUUAUAAUGACUGGAGAGAAUUCUGUGGCUUACCAAAACUGGAAACUCAGACUGACCUGAAUACAGUAAUAACCAAUCACAAUGUCACUGAAAAAAUCAUGGAAUUCUACCAUAAUCCUAGCAAUAUUGAUGUUUGGCUUGGUGGUCUGGUAGAAGACUUUCUUCCAGGUGCUAGAACUGGUCCCCUGUUUGCAUGUAUAAUUGGAAAGCAAAUGAAAGCAUUAAGGGAUGGUGACCGAUUUUGGUGGGAAAAUGAUAAUGUUUUCACAGAAGCUCAAAAGCAUGAACUCAAAAAACACUCAUUGUCCCGCGUGAUUUGUGACAAUACAGGGAUUUCUGAAGUGCCAGCAAAUGCCUUUCAACUUGGAAAGUUUCCACAGGAUUUUAAGCAUUGUGACAAUAUACCUGGAAUGAAUUUAGAAGCUUGGCAAGAAUUCUAUCAGGAAGAGGAAAUAUGUGGAACACCAAAGAGUGUGGAAAAUGGUGAUUUUGUAUACUGUUCAGAAUUUGGAAAAUCUACGGUGACUUAUUCAUGUCAAUAUGGAUUUCAGUUACAAGGAGAAGAGCAAUUAACCUGCACAAGUGAAGGAUGGAACUUUGAGGCUCCCGUUUGUAUAGACAUCAAUGAAUGUGAAAAUGAAAUUAAUCCACCAUGCUCUCCUUCUGCUAAAUGCAUUAACACUAAAGGCAGCUAUAAAUGUCUCUGUACUGAUCCUUACAAGCUGGCAGAAGAUGGAAGAACAUGCAUUG